GCCGGCUACCGCUCGACACAUGCGAUUCUGCGUCGCCCAUACCAUACAUGGAACAAGCAUUGCAAAGGGUAGAGAGUCCUCUCUACCACAACUCGCGCCAUCUACACGGCCAUGGCGCUCGCAGACCAAUUGCAUUAUGGCGGUUCAUCGUGCUUGGAGUAGGCAUGUUGGCCUUGUGCUCCGUUGGGUUGUUCUACCAAGUACAGUACAUACACAUCACGGCAGCACCACAGCAUCUCAGGGCCGACCAUGUAUCGUCGUACUCAACGAUACUUCCAACCCGACGACCAACGGAAGCAGCACUGCCGCAUCGCAAUCCCGCCCCUGUCCCGUCCGCGCUAUCUACAACCCAACGACACGUGGACGCUGAAGUUGACACUAUAGCACUACCAUGGCCUCCUGGAAACCCCUACGCGUCCUACCAGUGCAAAGGAUGGCGGCAAACUGGCGGAUGCGACCCCGACGGCGUCCGUGAACCCCUGAAUGACAAAGGAUGCUCUGCAGCGAUCAGCGGAGGACUCUCAGGGUACUGCGAGUUCCACGACCCCGUGAAGAAUGACACGAUCCACUUCAUGAAGAUGUCGUGCGAGUCGCUGCGUGCUCACGUCGCGUUCUCGUGCAACAUGACGUUCGACACGGUCAUGUUCCAUCGGCACGCCGCCGUCUACCGCCAUCCUUGGAAUCUUCAAGGGGACCCCCGAUCCCGCGGCUACCUCAACAGCAGUGCCUUUGACCCUACACCCCACAGCGUAGCCACACGCCCUCCAGGUCGAACUUGGUACGCCGAUGCCGUCGGCGACAGCCCUUCUCGUGGCAUCGUCGUGGUCGUGUACGAGAAAGCGCUCGUGCCAAUGUAUGCAACCCUGCGCUACCUUCGGCACGACCUCAACUGCACCCUCCCCAUCGAGAUGUGGUACCGGUCGGACGAACUGUCGCCGCACAACAACACCGUCAUGGCGUCCAUGUUGGCGCUUCCCGAGGUCCAUCUGCGGGAGAUCCGAGACCCCAUCGCCACGGGCUUUUACGUCAAGCCAUACGUAAUAUUCUUCUCGCAGUUUGAGCAACUGCUGUUCCUUGACGCCGACAACGUUCCUCUGAAAGACCCAUCGUUCCUCUUUACCACGGCCGAGUUCCAAGCCACUGGUGCCGUCUUCUGGCCCGACUUUUGGCACCCGCAUAACACGAUCUUUAACGUUCAUGCAAAGAGCUUUGUGUGGACAUUACUCGACGUUCCGUUUAUCGACAUGUUUGAGCAGGAAAGCGGCCAACUCGUCGUGGACCGGUCGAGAUGCGAGCGCGCGCUACACAAGCUCAUGUUCUACGCGCUCCAUCGCAUCGAGCCGCAGCCCCCGAUCAAAUACUCCAGCAUGCAGUUCGGCCCCACGCUUCCGGUAGAUGCAAACUUAAUCGCGGCGCUGGUGCUACUGUGGGGGGACAAGGAUCUGUUUCGGCUCGCGUGGCUCUCAACCAACACGUCGUUUCACAUGGUUUCGACGCCACCGGGGGCGAUCGGGAUGUACGGAAAGCCGCCCAAGGUGAACGACCGCGGGGAGUUCGUGCCCGGGGACAACGACGCGCUGCCCGAUCGGUUCUGCGGCAAGGCCAUGGUCCAGUACGACGUCGGAAAUUCAACCAACCAAACGCCCCCCGAGCCCCUCUUUGUCCACCGCAACACGGUCAAACUCGGCCGAAGCAACGCGUCGCGCGCCAAGCAGUGGUUUGCGUACCAGAGAAUAAGACCGACAGUCGUCGCCUACAAGGACGUGGUCGAUCAGUACAAGAUCCAAGCGUGGAGGGAACGAACGAGUUGCUUUGGCGAACCCCUUGGCGCCACCGAGACCUUUGAGCUCACUGACACCGCCUCGACUGUGUUUGAAGCCGCGGAAGGGAAGCUCCUCAAGUAUGCAGACGAGGCCGCGGCGAUGCUCCCGCCCGAAACGACCGCGCCGUCGACGAUCAAGAUGUCGACCAAUCUACCGACCCCCGCCCGGUCUCAACCGAUCAAAAGCCGAGCGGCCGAGCCAGACUUGAUCGAUUAAAAGCCAUAGAUCCUGACGAAAUUGUACGUACACAUCGGGGUCACAGCAUACGAGGAGGAUGGACGGAUAAGAGUUUGUGUGUGGCGUAAUAACACGGAAAUGCUGCCUCAAAGCAGCAAGCAGCUGAAGUGGAC